AUACUGUCAAAGCAAAUUCAAAUUCAAAACAAGCCUUUGAAAGUGUAACAGUUACAGGCGUUAUUUUAAUUUUUAGUCUUCUAUUGUUUUGUCCAUAUAAUUUGUGUUAAGUUAUUAAUAAAAUGGCAGAAUUUAAAACGCCUAUCAAGAGUAAAGGUCGGGAUCGAGAUGAAACAAUAACAAUACCUCCGUCACCGUUUUUGAACAGACUUGGAUACGGAACUGGUGUAAAUGUGAUGCAGUUAGUUAGAUCACCUCGGGCGGGACAAGUCCGUUCACCAUGGGCGCUUAAAAUGCUGAACCGACGUGUGAAACCCAAUAAGGUUUACACUCAUCGCUUGAAAGCUGAAGCUGAUCUACUGCGGCGCAUGUCACACCCUAACAUUGUCGGGUUCCGCGCGUUUAGCAAUGCGAAGAUAUUGUACCUGGGCAUGGAGGCGUGUGACCUCUCCCUAGGUGAUAUGAUUGAGAAGAGGAUAGAAACCAAUAGCGAGCCUUUCCUUCCUAGACAAAUGUUAAAAGUCUGUGCAGACAUAGCGAGUGCCUUACACUAUCUUCACAUGACUAUGCAAAUUCUGCACGGAGACAUGAAGUCAUACAACAUUCUGGUGAACGGAGACUUUGUAAUCUGCAAGCUUUGUGACUUCGGUGUCUGCCUACCCCUUGAUGAGAAUGGUGUGUUUGACAAGAGAAUGGCAAGGCGUGCAUUCUUCUCAGGUACUGAAGCUUGGAGUGCUCCAGAAGUGAUCCACGGAGGUGAGAUCUCCAGCAAGACAGACAUCUGGCCACUGGGACUCACUCUGUGGGAGAUGAUGGCGCUGGUCCCCCCACACACGCAGACAGAAGACACCUACAUGGAGGACGACAGCAUACACAUACAGUGCCUGGAUGACUCCAUGGACAGUGUGACUGACUACUUCUCUGACAGAUACGGCACCAGGCCAGCUGUGCCUGCGAAUAUCUCGGAGAAGCUGUACAUGCAUCCGCUCGCCUUGUUCCACUGCUGCACGGAGACGAUGCCGGCCAUGCGACCCUCGGCCCAGCAUCUGUCUAUAGCUGCACUCGACAUGUUGGAACAAUGCUUGGCAGGACGAUAAUUACCUGACAUAUACAUUUGUACCUGAUUGUUUAGUUUUAAGGGGGAUGUGUAGUAGCUACUACCACCGGGAGGUAAAAUUACUCAUGUGUAUUUUACUUGGUUGUUUUAUUAUUAACUUGUAUUCUGUGAGUACAUGGACUGACUGUUUUUAUAAUUGAUGACAAGAUUAUGUAUUAAAUAUUGAUACUUUAAUAAAUAUGACUGUAUUUUUCUAAGUACC